AGUGUUGGAGUAACGAUGGGAGAGUAUUUCUGAAAGGUAAAACUAGAAAGCCAUGAACUAUGUGUAUUCGUUGUUUUACCGUUCAUCGUGGCGCUGCGGCUGGCCUGGUGUACGUAAGAUAAUUAUUAAACUCUUUGUAGCAAGUACCACUUUGCAUAUAGUUAGACAGGAACAAAAUGUCGGAUGUGGACAUCCUCCCCGACUUGGAUUUGGGAGAACCCCCCCAAGAGCUCUUGGAUUGGGCAAAAGAGAAUAUAAACGAAGAUCCUGACACUAGAGAUCAAAUAUUAGAAAAUUUCAGAGAUCUGAUUUUCGAGAAAGGAGAAUGUACACCACAUAGGACGGACGAUAGUUUUUUAUUACGUUUUUUGAGGGCACGGAAUUUCGUUAUAGAGAGAGCACACAGACUGUUAGUUAAUUAUUACGAGUUCAAAGAAAAUAACCCAGAAUUCUAUGAGGGUGUAAAUUUAAGACAUUUAAUAAAAAUAGGGGAAGAAUCUAUAAUUAUCGUACCGCCCUAUAGGGAACAAACCGGAAGAAGAAUUUUACUUUACAGAAUAGGUAACUGGAAUCCGGAUAAAAUCAGUUUGGUAGAUUUAUUUCAAGCCACCAUGAUAGUCCUCGAACUGGCUAUAUUAGAAGCAAGAGCACAAAUAUUGGGUGGAAUAGCUUUUUUUGAUUUAGGGGGAUUGACAAUGCAACAAGCUUGGUAUAUGACGCCUUCCAUUGCCCAUAAAAUUGUGCAAAUCAUGGUGACUUCUUUUCCUAUGAAACUUCACGCUAUACACAUCGUUCACCAAUCUUGGAUAUUCGAUAUAAUUUACAAUAUUUUCAAGCCGUUUUUAGACGAUCGUAUGAAAGAAAGAAUUUUUUUUCAUGGAGAUGAUAUGGAAAGUCUUCAUCAACAUAUCGACCCUAAACAUUUACCUGAAAGGUACGGGGGUAUUCACCCCGAUUACAAUUAUAGCGAUUGGAUAGAAAAUUUCCAAAAAAGUGAAAAGAUCAGAUGGGAGUUGGAAACUUUGGGAUACAAAGACAUCGAGGAAGAAGAAGAAAAAACCGAUUUAGAAGUAGGCAACAACUUAAAAAACGAAAUCAAUUAAUUUUUAUUAAAGAUAUUCAUUAUUUUUAAAUACAUUAUUUAAAUUUAGUUCCAACAAUCCAACAAUAAUAAUCUGAAGAUGACCUGAGGUGUUUGAAUUGAAGUUUUUGUAAAAUGUAAUCAAAUAUAAGCUUUUUUUGAA